CAAAACAAAAUGCACAACAUUGAGCAGAUCCUGGCGGAGCUGCAGCGGUUCUCGUGGCCCGACUAUGCGGCAUUUGUGGCCAUGUUCCUGCUAUGCAUCUGCAUUGGCAUCUACUUUGGGUUCAUGAACAAGUCCGUUUCGGAGGCGGACUACAUGCUUGGCGGCCGCAAGAUGCUGGUGAUUCCCAUCGCCUUCUCCCUGGUGGCCAGCUUCAUAUCGGGCAUUACGCUGCUGGGACUGCCCACCGAGGUGUAUUCCUACGGCGUGCAGUAUCUCUACGUGGCCUGCGGCGUCGUUGGCAUGGGCAUUGUGAUGGGCGUGUUCUAUCUGCCGGUAUUCCACGAUCUCAACAUAACAUCCACCUACGAGUAUCUGGAAGUUCGUUUCGAUCGUAGGCUGCGCCUGUACGGCGCCAUUAUGUUUGCGGUUAUGAAUGUCGCCUAUCUGCCCAUCGUGAUAUAUGUGCCGGCGCUGGCCUUCAACCAGGUGACUGGCAUCGGUGUGCACACGAUCACGCCGAUUGUGUGCCUCAUUUGUGUGUUCUAUACGAGCCUCGGCGGGCUCAAGGCGGUGGUCUGGACGGACGUGGUGCAGGCUGUCUCCAUGCUGGGAGCCCUCUGCCUGGUGGCCAUCAAGGGUAGCCUUGACAUUGGCGGCGUGAGCGUUGUCCUGGAGCGUGCCUGGAACUCUGAUCGCCUGGAGGGGCCCGACCUCAGCAUAGAUCCCACAGUCCGUCACACGUUCUGGUGCCUGUUCUUCGGAGGAAUCGUGUACUGGACACAGACGAAUGCCGUCUCCCAGAACAUGAUCCAGAGAUACCUCGCACUGCCCACACUCGCGGACGCUCGCAAGGCGUUGUGCAUCUUCUGCGUGGGCGUCCUCAUCCUGAUGGCCCUGUGCGGCUACAAUGGACUGCUCAUCUAUGCCACCUACCAGAACUGUGACCCGCUCACCACCAAGCUGGCCAAGGCUCGGGAUCAGCUCCUGCCGCUGUUCGUGAUGGACACGCUGGGCGAAAUGCCCGGCAUGACGGGCCUCUUCAUAGCCGGCGUUUUCAGUGCUGCCCUGAGCUCGCUCUCCACCUGCCUCAACUCCAUGUCGGCGGUGGUGCUGGAGGACUUUGUGAAGCCAUACGUGAAGAAGCCGCUUUCCAGCUCGUCCACCAACUGGAUCAUGCGUCUGGUGGUCGUCGGUGUGGGUGCCCUGUGCGUCUGCCUGGUCUAUGUGGUGGAGCACAUGGGCACUGUCCUGCAGCUGACCAUGAGCCUGGAGGCCAUCACCAACGGCCCCCUGUUCGGCAUCUUCACCAUUGGCCUGUUUCUGCCUUGGAUCAAUGGGAAUAGCGCACUUUUGGGCGGCAUCAUGGGCGUCAUAGCCAUGUCCUGGGUGAGCCUGAAUGCCCAGUGGGCCAUCGCCUCGGGUGCCAUCAGCUACCACACGAAGCCGCUCAACAUUGAGCAGUGCGACUACAGAUUCAACCUCACCAGCACCACGACGAGUGCGGCCAACAGCAGCCUGCAUCUGGCAGGAUCGGCCACAGAGGACAUCUUUCCACUGUACCGCAUCUCGUACAUGUGGUACACGACCUUUGGCGCUUCCAUCACCAUUAUUGUGGCACUGAUCGCCUCUCUGGCGUUCGGCAGAAACAAUCCAAACAAAGUGGAUCCCGUACUGCUGACGCCCUGCAUACGAAGGUUCUUCAGCUUUGGCUGCGACAAGCCCCUGGAUGCCUACAAACCCGACAUUCCACUACAGCGCAAGCUCCGCAACGAUGAGGUGGCUCUCUGAAGUAUAAUACAUCCUGGAGAACACCGCACGCAGCAUCCAAUUGUAGAUAAUCCAUCAUUAAACGAAUUUUUUAACUAUUCACCCGAA